AUGAGGGCUCUGCUGCUCUUGGGGUUCCUGCUGGUGAGCCUGGAAUCAGCUCUUUUGAUGCCACCUCAGGAAGACCCCAAGGUGCAUAAGAACAUAACAUAUGAACACACAGUGGUUCUCACUGUCACGGGGGAGCCCUGCUACUUCCCUUUCCAGUACCGCCGGCAGCUGUAUCACAAAUGCACCCGUAGGGGCCGACCUGGCCUCCGGCCCUGGUGUGCUACUACCCCCAACUUUGAGCAGGACCAAAGAUGGGCAUACUGCUUGGAGCCCAAGAAAGUGCAAGACCACUGCCGCAAAAACAACCCCUGCCAGAGGGGAGGGACCUGUGUGAACGUGGCAAGUGGCCCACAUUGCAUCUGUCCAGAACAGUUCACUGGGAAGCAUUGCCAGAGAGAGAAGUGCUUUGAGCCUCAGCUUCUCCAGUUCUUCCAUGAGAAUGAAAUAUGGCAUAGGCUUGAGCUGGCAGGUGUGGCCAAGUGUCAGUGCCAAGAUUCCCAAACCCACUGCAAGCUGCUGGCCAGCCAGGUCUGCCACAACAACCCAUGCCUCCACGGGGGACGCUGCCUAGAGGCAGAGGGCCACCAAGUGUGCAGCUGUCUGGAGGGCUAUGCAGGACGCUUCUGUGAUGUGGACAAAAAGGCCAACUGCUAUGAGGGCCACGGGUGGAGCUACCGAGGCCCUGCUGGGACGACACUCUCAGGCGCACAGUGUCAGCCCUGGGCCUCGGAGGCCACUUAUCGGAACCUGACUUUGGGGCAAGCACUGAAUUCGGGACUGGGCCACCAUGCCUUCUGCCGGAACCCGGACAAUGAUACCCGCCCGUGGUGUUUUGUGUGGAGGGGCAACCAGCUGAGCUGGGAAUACUGCAGCCUGGCACAGUGCCAAGUCCCAACCCCAGCAGCGCCCCAGUUCCCCUCUCCAUCCCAGGCACCCUUUGAGGGCUGGAACCUCUCCUUGCCCUCGUUUUCACCACGGCUGAAGUUUGAAAGCGAUACCGAGAAUCUACAUGAUUCAUGGACGGGAGUGCCAGACCAGGAGAAUUCCUUGCCUAGGACCGAACUGGCGGGCUGCGGACGGCGACUCCGGAAACGGCUGCCCUCACUGCGCCGCGUCGUCGGGGGACUAGUGGCACUGCCCGGGGCGCACCCCUACAUCGCUGCACUGUACUGGGGCCACAGUUUCUGUGCCGGCAGCCUCAUCGCCCCUUGCUGGGUGCUGACCGCGGCUCACUGCCUGCAGAACCGGCCGGCGCCGGAGGAGCUGACUGUGGUGCUGGGUCAGGAGCGCCACAACCGGAGCUGCGCGCAGUGCCAGACGCUGGCCGUGCGCACCUACUACCUGCACGAGGCCUUCUCACCCAUCACCUACCAGCACGACCUGGCGCUGCUGCGCCUGCAGGAGAGCGAGGACGGCAGCUGCGCGCGCCAGUCGCCUUUCGUUGGGCCUGUUUGCCUGCCGAGCAGCGCCGCCCACCCCGCCGAACCCGAGGCCGAGCUCUGCGAGAUAGCGGGCUGGGGCCACCAAUUCGAGGGGGCGGAGGAAUACGCCAGCUUCCUGCAGGAGGCGCGGGUGCCGCUCAUCCCGCCCGAGCGCUGCUCCGCCCCGGAGACGCACGGCACCGCCUUCGCCCCCGGCAUGCUCUGCGCGGGUUUCCCCGAGGGCGGCACCGACGCGUGCCAGGGUGACUCUGGGGGUCCGUUGGUGUGUGAGGAUCAGGCCGCAGGGCGCCCGCUCAUCCUGCGAGGCGUCAUCAGCUGGGGCUCGGGUUGCGGCGACCGCAACAAGCCGGGUGUGUACACCGACGUGGCCAGCUACCUGCCUUGGAUCCGGGAGCACAUGGCUUUCUGA